AUUUGACGUGUCCGGCUGCUGGCGGAGCUCCGCUCGUGUUGCAGAAGCACGCUGUUGUCAGUAGGUCUCUGCGCUACAGAGGAGACAGACACUUUUUUGUGUCUGCAACAUUUAGUUCUAGUAAUCUGCUGCACAGUCGGAGGUGGAGAAGUUCAUUACACGUUUAUCUGAAUUGCACCUGAGCAUCUUUGGGAGCAACUAUUGCUCCGACAACGACAGAGCUCCGCACAGAGGAAUGCAAGUUAACAACGAUAACUUACCUUCCUCCGAAAAUACGCCGAAAAAGACAACAGUGUUGUGUCAGUAUGGAGGGCUUACAUUUUGCCCGUCUUUCGUCAAACCGAAGGCCGUCUGUGGGGUCAUUUUCACCCGGUGAAAAUGCUCCUGUUGGGAAAGCUCUGUCCCAGGUGACCGUGAAAAGACAAGCCGUGAAGAGACACCACCACAAACACAACCUGAAGCACAGGUACGAGUUUCUGGAGACCCUCGGGAAAGGAACAUAUGGCAAAGUAAAGAAAGCCAAGGAAAGAUCCGGUAGACUGGUUGCCAUAAAGUCGAUCAGAAAGGAAAAGAUCAAGGACGAGCAAGACCUGGUUCAUAUUCGCAGGGAAAUUGAGAUUAUGUCCUCACUCUGCCAACCGCACAUCAUCACCAUAUAUGAAGUAUUUGAAAACAAAGACAAAAUUGUGAUUGUGAUGGAGUACGCCAGCCGAGGAGACCUGUACGACUACAUCUGUGACAAGAGGAACAUCUCUGAACAGGAGGCCAGGCACUUCUUCAGACAAAUUGUAUCAGCUGUGCACUACUGCCAUCAGAAUGGAAUAGUGCACCGGGACCUGAAACUGGAAAAUAUUUUAAUAGAUGGCAACGGCAAUGUUAAGAUUGCAGACUUUGGGCUGUCAAACCUCUACCAUGGUGAUGAGUAUCUUCAAACCUUUUGCGGCAGCCCUCUGUAUGCUUCCCCAGAGAUUGUCAAUGGACGGCCAUACCGUGGGCCAGAGGUUGACACUUGGUCUCUUGGUGUGCUGUUGUACACUAUGGUUCAUGGCACCAUGCCAUUUGAUGGGAACAACCACAAGGCAUUGGUCCAACAGAUAAGCACUGGAAACUAUCGUAAACCCAAAAACCCCUCUGAUGCAUGUGGGCUUAUCCGUUGGAUGCUGAUGGUAAAUCCUGAGCGCAGAGCCACAAUAGAGGAGAUUGCAGGACACUGGUGGCUAAACUGGGGCUACAAGCAGCCAUUACUGGGUGAGACGAAGAGCAGUCCAGUAGAGCAGACCACUUCACUAGUCUCUCCAUCAACAUCACACCCUGCUGGGCUAGCUAGUGUGGCUAGUUGGCUGCGCCGUACAUCCAGACCGUUACUGGAGAACGGCUCCAAGAUGCGCUGCCUGCUCCGCUCACAGGGCAGUGGAGGGGAUGUAGUCCGGCAGCGCUCACUGCGACGGUCACGAAAGGAAAACAACGUCUCCCAGACCGUUCAUGAAGUAAGCACAGACAGUCGCCCCUCUAAGGGUAUUUUAAAGAGACGCAACAGUGUGAAACAGAAGGCAAUGACUGAAACCCCUGCUGUAGGUUCAGCGGAGCCCCAGAACGUUUUGGGUUUGUCCGCACCAGCUAAUGCUCCCACAGCUGCACUGCUGCCUCGCAAAGGUAUCCUAAAGAAGCCCACAGAGCAAGAGUCAGGGUACUACUCCUCUCCUGACAACAGUGACUCUGGCUGGGCACCACAAACUAAAGCGUGCCCUUCAGCACCAACCCAUAGGAAAGGCAUCUUGAAGCGCAACGGAAAGUUCUCCUCCGGUGGUCUGCAGGAGUUUGGCUCUCUGGACCAGCUGGCGGCUUCUUUACCCCACGGCAGCGCAAGGUCGAGACCGAAUGGGGCCAUCAGCGAGGACAGCAUUCUGUCUUCGGAGUCCUUUGACCAGCUGGAUCUGCCAGACUGCGUAGGUCCUCCAACACAAAUGAAUAAACCAGCCAAAGGUAUCAUGAGAGGAUGUGUGUCUGCUGACAACCUGCUGGACAUUAAAGAAGACGGGAUCCUUCAGAAAGGGUCGCUGAGGCCCUGGAACUGCUACGAGUCUGGAGUGGCCGACAGUGCCUUUUCUAUCACCGACUGUGAUAAUGUAACAGAGGCUUACAAACAGGCCAUGGUUAUACGAGGCUCUGCAGCAAGCUGAAGCCCGGUAAUUGGUAAAGGACACUGACUAAAGACUUGUUUAUCAUUCAGAUUGUUUAACUGACCGCAAACUACUGAAUAAGACAUGGUAGCCAAAGUGCAUGAAGUGAAAUUACCAGCACACUGUAGUGAUAACCAUUUUGGCUAACUUCAUGAAUUGCACAGUACCAAAAAGGCAGGAGGCUUCUUGUUAAACAUCAGAUUGUAUUUUAGAUGGUGAUUGGUAAAUGUGUUUAUAAAUAGCUUGUAAUUUUAAAUUUGAGUAAAACAGUAUUUUACAAAAAAUUAAGCUGCAGUUAAUAGUUAAAUGUCAUUUCAAAGAUCCUCAGUAGAAGAGAGCUGCGGUUGCUGUAAUUUUCAACAUGAGGGCUUACUAUCAAAGUGUAGUUAAUGCAGAAAGUCCAACCAAAACACUGGUCUUCAAUGUCAAAAAAAGAAACUGACAUUUACAGUCCCAAUAGGACUGUUGCUCGAUUAUUAUUUAAGCCACAAAGUCAGUGUCUUUCAGUGUCGACAGGACAUUUUGAGAAAGUGUUUGACUUAGCUCUGUUGGAUUCUAGCUGUGUGAUUUAGAUGAUCAUCUCUCAACCUUAUAUGUAUCUAAGAGAACAACAAUAACAACACACAGGUUCAAUGUUAGGAUGGGUAUAGGGUAUACUACAGAUUUUACUGUGCUUGAGGAUAUGGGGGGAAUGACAUUUCAUGGAUACCAAAGAGCAAAUUUGCUAAUGUCAUUGGACUUUUUUUGUUUCUUUAUUUAAAGCACCAGCAAAAAGUGCCAAGAGGAUGUCUGUUUGUAACAGGGACUUCAGAUCUGAGAGCUUUUUUUUUUUUUGUUGUGUCUUGCUCUUGAAAUGACUCUAAUUUUGGAUAAUGACUUGAAAAAUAAUCAUGACAUAUGACUCCCAUCGUGCGUAACCAGUAGAACCUGUUGCACAGGUGGCCAUUCACUCUGUGUGAAGGUGGCAGUUUGACAGGAAAGGUGUGGCUCAUUCAGUCACGCCUUUUUUGUUUUUGUUUUUUUCAAGGUCACAAAUUUAGGAAAAUGGUAACGUGUGUUUAAAAAGUGAAACCUUAAGCCCUAGCUAACUACUAUAUGCUGUGUAAAAUGGGUAACCUUGCAACUGAAGUUUACAGAUCAGUCAUGGAGCUCAGGUGUACUGAAUUGAGCAUUUUAAUUUAAAAUAUCUGAACACCUGGGGUGGUACAGUAUUUCGAACUAGAAGUUCAGCCGUUUAACUGUAAAAAAAAAAAGUAAAAGUUUUAUCCUGGCGACUCAAAUGGUAAAACUAACUUGAAUACCAGGUUUAAAAGUAAAAUCAUGAAUUACGCAUGCUGAUGAUGAAAAUUGAUUAAGCUUGAUAGGAUAUCUGGUUCCUACUUCUGCUUUAUUAAAUACCUCCUGGUAGUCAGAGGAAUGUCCACCGUUGCAUUUGUUUCUGUAGGAAAUGUCAUGCUGCACACUGGAGUUACUUAAUUGGAUUGACAUGCUGGCAUUAAAUUAUUAGAACAUCAAGCCAGCGCCUGGAACGGCACUUUAUCAGACCAUCGCAACCUGAUUGACCAUACAAUUUAUUUAUCAGCUAUCGUUGAAGUAUUGAGCUCUGGUAAUACAAAUUGCACAAGGCAGUACCCAGAGGCUGCAAAACCAUGCUAUUGUUCAGAAACUGGAAUUGUAAAAACUGUUUUGUCAGUUAUUUAUGGUUAAUCUUUCUCAACACUACUAGGCUCAUCUGGAAUUUAAAGCCUAUACAAUAGUCAACCAGGCAUUGCCUAAUUUCAACUGGAAGUUCUUGUUAUUCAUUUCUAAUCUGUCACAGGCAACUGAUCACUUGUUAUUGCUGUGUGACAGAGGAAGACGGGCCUAAGAUGGCGCGUUUCAUUUUUUUUGUACAUUUAAGUGCAUUUCAUUACAUCAUGGUCAUGUUUUUCUCUCCCCCUUGUCAAAGAUGUUGCAGGCUCUGCUUAUAUAUUUUCAACAAAAAACAUGUUUGCCAAAGUUACUGGGCUUAUGUAUAUGACUGUGUGAUCUGCCAUGCUGUUAUGACCGGGAUGAGAAAAUAAAUUUAAAAAACAGAACUCAA